UGUUCCUGCUGUUUCCUGUGUGUGCUGUAAACUCACCGCUCAUCCAGACCAGUCGCGACGGUUUCAGCGGUUCUGCCGGACGGAGUUCGGUUAUUCGGGAUGGCGGCUCUGCACCCCGGUGACCCGCAGCUGGUGUCGAUGAUCGUGAAUCAUCUGAAGACGGAAGGAUUGUUUGAUCAGUUCCGCAGAGACUGUCUGGCGGACGUGGACACAAAGCCGGCGUAUUUACACUUACGACAGCGAGUGGACAACUUUGUGUCCAACCAUCUGGCCAAUCACACAUGGAGUCCACAACUGAACAAGAACCAGCUGAGGAACAGCAUCAGACAGCUGGUCUUACAGUCUGGUAUGUUGGAGCAGGGUGUGGACCGAAUCGUGGCUCAAGUUGUGGAUCCAAAGGUCCAUCACACCUUUCGGCCGCAGGUGGAGCGAGUCGUUCGGAAGUUUCUGUCUCCAAACGGCCACAUGGAAGAGGAGGAGCCACCUGUAGCCCCGCCUCCACCUGCGGAAAGCCAGGAUGAUCAGCUGACUGUAGACAACAGGAAUGAUGCUGCUCCAUCUGGAAGUUCAAGCGCUGAUGUUCAGGUAAAAGAGACCAUCAGAGUUACUGAUCCAACACAAGACCAAAGAGAGGAGGAAAUGGACAUUAGCAUCACUGAAGAGGACAACAACACCACGGAGGAGGUGUUUGAGGAGAAGUGUGGAGGAGAAGAGAAAGAUGCAAAGGUUGAGAUGGAUAUGGAGACCGAGGAGGUGAAGCAGGAGGAGGAGCAGGAGCAGGGAGACGCUGGGGCUAGAGAGAACAGCAGUAAACCAUCAGUGAAGAUCAGCGAGGAGAACAGAGAAGCUGAAGAUCAGAAACCCUCCAAACAACACAUCAAACUGAAGACCAGAGAGAGACUCAGAGAGGAAUACUCUCUGGAGGAGUCUGAUCUGGAGGGCUUGAGUGACAUCACAGUGAGUUCUGUUCACACCAGCGAUCUUUCCUCGUUUGAGGGAGACAGUGACGAGGAGGAGCCGCUGUCUGAAUCCUCAGAGGAGGGAGAGAUCAGCUCAGAGGGUGAGCGAGGGCAGAAAUCUCCAGCUGGUGAAGACUCUGAGGGCAGUAAAGAGAAGAAGCCACGUGGUGUGAGACAGGGCUAUAUACACAAACCCUUCUUGUACUCCCGUUAUUAUAGCGACUCCGAUGAUGAAGUCACUGUGGAAGAGCGACGCCGCUCUGUGGCCAAAGACAAAGAGGAGCGUCUGUUGAAGCGUCAGCAGAACCGUGAGCGCAUGGAGGAGAAACGCCGUCAGAGAGCAGCUCAGACUGAGGAACAGGAUCGGAAGAAACAGGCAUCUUUCUCUACUGAUCAGAACCCUCAGCGUCCGCGAGCCAAAGAAGCUCGAAAAGAGAAAAAGGUUCUGGAAAAGAAAGUUGCUCUGAGCAGACAGAGAAAGAUAGAUUCCAGAAAAGACGAUGAUAAGAAGAAAACUGAAGCUGAAGGAGAAUCAGUCAACAAAGAAGUCAAGGCUGCGGGUCUAAAGUCAGGACGACGACUGUCUGAUCUGGACGAGCAGCGCAAAAAAAAGACGGACGGUGCAAGUGACGAGAAACUCGCCGACAAAAAACGCGUCCACUCCUUCAUCCUGGAUCUGGAGCUCGGAACAGAGGAACGCCAGAGAACGGUCGGGAAAACUGAGCGGAACGUUCAGAAAAAUGCGCACUCCAAAGAUAAGGAGCGCAAAGAUAAAGAGAAGGAGAAAGAGCGCGCCGUGUCUGAAGAGCGAGUGAAACACAAACUAAAGACAGAAAGUAAUAAAGGCGACGCCGCUGCCGAUGAGAAAGACGGGCAAACAGCGAAAGGAGCGGGCGAUGAGAAGAAGGCAUCCAAGUUGAAGCAAGACAGGAAGAGUUCUGUGUCUUCCAGAGAAAGCAAGACGUCUGAAGCUCCGGAUGAGGGAAUCCUGAAGGAUUCCAAGAAAGGGAAGAUGCCCGUGGACACACUCAAAGAGAAGGAGAAACCGAAGGGAGAAAAAAUGGGCGGCAAGAGCGACUCAAAGCUGCUCCGUCAUCUGGACUCCACGGGCUCUUCUGAGGAGAGGUCAGAGGUCGAGGCGGGUUCCGAGGUCAGCCGUAAGAAAGACAAGCACCCUAAAGAGGUUCUGAAGAGGUCAAAGAGUCACCCAGAGAAGCUCAAGGUGAGAACAGACAGGAAGGACUCUGCGACCGGAGAAAGAGACAAGACUCCACAGAAAUCUGGCUCGGAAACCGACAGCGACAGCCGGAAGGCAGAGGCAGGGUCAAAGGUCAAACCCCUGUCGGAGAAACACCGGUCUAAAUCCAGAGAUGACCUGAAAACCCACAUUCCCACUGGGGGCAAACCGGACAAGAAAAUUCCAGGCCAGGACACCAAGAGCAAAGCAGGAGCGUCAGGCAUCAGGAAAACCUUGGACGAGCGCGUGUCCAAGAAAAUGAAGGACGCAAAGGUUGGAAAGAAAACGACGGAGAAGGUGCAGAAAGAUUCAGAGAGGAAGUUAGGUGGGAAGGAGAUUUCGGAAGUGAAGGAGUCUUCCACCAGCGCUCCAAAAACGGGCGAACCCACUGACCCGAUACGCCCUGCGUCCCCGCCCGCUGUUCCAGACCCUGCCACUGUCUCGAGCACCACACCUCUUCCAGACGACCCGUACGGUGCCCUGAGCGACAUCACACCUGAAUCGGACGAAGAGGAAGCAGUCGUCCAAGAGCCCCGCCCACUGUCAGCAGAGGCCGACGCCCUCUUGAGCCUGAUGGACUUGUGCACCUCGGCUGCAGGAAAUGACGUCACAGCGUCAGCUGUGGGAGAAGAUACAGAGGCAGAUAUGAAGAUGAAAGAAGCGGCGCUCACACUGCUGUCCAUGGAUCCCGAUAUUUCACGCUCUUCGGAUCUUAUCGUCACAGAUUCUCAGGUUGCCAUGGAGAUGACGCCUACCGACGCACCAUCGGGUGAAACUCUGCCCGGAGGACCCGAGGAUACAGGAAAUGUGUUGGAAAGUAAAGACAAAGUGUCCACCAGCAACACCAUUCACCUGCAGGAUGAACAACAGCAAGACGCAGCUGCAGCUGCUCUUACCUUGGAACCGAUGGAGACAGAGGCCUCCAGUUUACAGGAAGUGACAUCAGAGGUUCGUGAUGAGCAGACAGAGAAAACAGACAAAGAAAGACACACGCAGACCCGCACUGCAGACGCAUCCAGUCAGGAGCAGACACUCAGUGCAGUCACAGCAGAGUCUGCGCAGACACAGAUAGCACAUGCAGCAGAAUCGGGCAGAGCUGAGUCUGCAACGACCCUUGAUGCAGAUGCACCUGUACAGACCCUCACCUCAGACACUGCUGAAUCUGCAGCAGACCCUUUGCAGACUCCCUCCACAGAUAAAACUGAGCCUGCGCAGACCCUUACUGCAGAUGCAGCUGAGACUGCGCAGACUGGCACUGCAUAUGCUUCCGACGUUUCACAGACUCCCUCAGUAGACGCAGCUGAGCCUGCGCAGACCCACUUAACAGAGACAACUGAGCCUGCGCAGACCCUUACUGAUGAGACUGCACAGACUCGUAUGGCAGACGCAGCUGAGACUGCGCAGGUCGUCACCGCAGACGCUUCACAGACUCCCUCAGUAGACACAGCUGAGACUGCGCAGACCCUUACUGCAGACGCAGCUGAGACUGCGCAGAUUGUCACCGCAGAUGCAUCAGACAUUUCACAGACUCCCUCAGUAGCUGCAGCUGAGCCUGCGCAGACCCUUAUUACAGACAGAGCUGAGCCUGCACAGACUCCCUUAGCAGACGCAGCUGAGCCUGCGCAGAUCACCUCAACAGAGACAGCUGAACCUGCGCAGACCCUUACUACAGACGCAGCUGAGCCUUCACAGAUCCCCUCUUUAGAUGUAACCGAGUCUGCGCAGAUGCAUUCUGCGGACGCAGGCAGCACGACCGUCUCCGACGAACCGGAGCAGCAGAAGUCAGACGCCUCUGAGACGGAGCAGACAGACGGUGACACACGGACAGGACGAUCAGGCACUCACAGGACAGCACAUCAAACGAGAACUGAUGAAGACAAAGAGCAAGCGCACACUAAAGAGGGUGAUGAUGAAGACGAGGAGAGAUCUGAAGUGAGCGGAACUCCACGCAGAGGAAGAUCCUCUAAACCGUCUGACCCUGCACUGAGAGAAACCCGCUCUUCUUCACAGCCGAAUGAGGCGGAGCCAGGCAGAGAGGAGGAGCUAAAAGAGCAGGGUCGCAGGAGUCGACGCACAGCUGCUCAGAUGAAAGACACUCCAACAGUGAAACCUGCACUGAAACGGAAGAGAUCAGACGAGAGUUCAACUUUUGUUAAAGAUUCUGCAGCAGAGGAGAUGAAAGAGGAAGAAAACCCCGCCAAACACAGACGAGAUGAUGUGAUUCCGUCUGAAGAUCAGGACGAGAUUAAAGAUGAUGAAGAAGAGAAGAAAGAUGAAGAUGAUGAGACUGAUGACAAAGAGGAACCGCAGAGGAAACCGUCCCGCCGCGGACGACCCUCCAAAACCUCGUCCAACACGGAUGAGUCGGAUACAGCUGAGAAAAGAGAGGGAGGAGAGAAAGAGGAUGAUGAAGAGGACACCAAAACGAGAGCGACGACUCGAGCCGCGUCUCGUCUGGAGGCUGAGAAAAAUAAACCGAGUAAACCGUCCACUCGCGCUUUGAGUAAACUCGGAGGAAAAGAAGAAAACUCUCCGAACACACGGUCGGUGAGGGGACGCAAGGGUGAGACGAGUCCUCCGGUUUCUCGCACUAGGGGAGGGCAGAAAUCUGACGAUCCGCCUUCGAAACGAACCAAACGUUGAACCUUUUAUUUGUUUAUCAUGUGAAGCUCACCUUCAUUAGUAGCUUUUCACACCAGUGUGUGUUUGAGUCAGAGCGGAUGAUUGACAGCUGAACUGUGUAAAUGCAAGACUUCAUGCUGUAGUUAUAUUCAUUCAGAAAGUCAGUGUUGAUUGAUGUUUUAAGUUUUAUACCACUGUGUAUUGUGCCCACUCUCCUGUGUGUGUGCGUGCGAGCGUGUGAGUGUGUGUGCGUGCGUGCAUGCGUGCGUAUGAGUGUUUUGUCGUCACGUUGACCAUGAAGAUGCUCAUUCUGUGAAUGUCAUGAGGAUUAUUUUUCCAUUUUAUAUUUUUACCUUUUACUAUAAAUUCCAGUUCUGAUUUUACACUAAUCUGUGGUGUUUUUAUUUAUUUAUUUUGUGUGAAUUUAAUGAUUAUUUUCCUAUAUAAUUAUACACACAUGCACACACACUCACAUACACACACACACUCUCACACACACAUUCACACACUCUCACACACACAUUCACACACACACUCUCUCACACUAUCACAUACACACACACACUUUCUCACACACACAUUCACACACACACACUCUCUCACACUAUCACACACACACUCUCACACUAUCACAUACACACA